UCUCCCCACUCCGCGUGUCUCGGUCAUGGCCCCGCUGCUAUUGCCCCUGCUGCUGCGCCCUGUGGCCCGGGCCCUGCGCCCCGCCGCCCUCCCGACCCUGCGCCCCGCCGUGGCGGCUGCCACCCGCGCCUUCGGAAGCUUCCUGGGAGGAGGAGUCGCCGGCCGCCCGGGGCCCGCGCGCCCCCGCCUCCUGCAGCCGCCCCGGAGCGCGCCUGGCCUGUGUUCGUGCACGUGCGGGGCACUCCACACCGAGGGGGACAAGGCUUUUGCCGAAUUCCUGACAGAUGAAAUUAAAGAGGAGAGGAAAAUCCAGAAACACCAAUCCCUCCCCAAGAUGUCUGGGGAUUGGGAACUGGGUGUGCAAGGAACAGAAGCCAAGUUGGUCCAGAGAUUAGCUGGCGAGAGGAUCACAGUCACAUUCAAUAUUAACAACAGUAUCCCACCAACAUUUGAUGAUGAGUUACCAGAGGGACAGAAGGCCCAAGAGGAGCAAGAGCCUGAACUUACGUCAACUCCGAACUUUGUCGUGGAGGUUGUGAAGGAUACCAAGAAGGCCCUUGUUUUGGACUGCCACUAUCCAGAGAAUGAGGUUGGACAGGAAGAAGAAGAGGAAGAUGACAUUUUCUCCAUCCGUGAAGUGAGCUUUCAGCCUGCCAGCGAGUCCGACUGGAAGGAUACCAACUACACACUUAACACGGAUUCCCUGCACUGGGCCCUGUAUGACCACUUGAUGGACUUCCUGGCUGACUGCGGAGUGGACAAUACUUUUGCAGAUGAACUGAUCGAGCUCAGCACAGCCUUAGAACACCAGGAAUACAUCAACUUUCUGGAAGAUCUGAAAGGCUUUGUCAAGUGUCAGUAGGGAGGCGGGAGGCACCCUCCUGUGGCUCCUUAGAAGAGAACAGUUACCUAGAAGCUAUCAUGGA